UACCCAAACCCAAAACGCCCAAUCCCAUGCUAGAAUGCCCAAGAAAAAAAUGUAUACAAAACAUCAUCCCCAUUCACAUCCCUCGAUCCCUCAUAUAAACCCAUCUUUCGUUGUUAUUUUUUGGCCGUAAAAAAGCGUAAUCGCGCCGCAUUGCGCAUGCACCGCCGUCCCCCCAAAAAAGGUCUCCUGUGGAAAGGAGGAAAAGUAAAGUCGGAAAAGCGUCUGCAAGCGCUCUUUGUGAGACUCUCUGCGAGAUUGAUAAAUAAAUCCUCUACGAGGGUUUAUACAUUCUCAGUCAUAUCGGAAACCGAUGAGGCGGUGCCACCGACCGCCAUGCGCGUCUGCAGAUAGUAGAUACCAUAUGCGAUAGCGGCGAUGAGAAUGAAGAGGAUAAGGAUGAUGAGGAAGAUGACAAUGUUGCGCUGC